AGAAAAUAAAAUUGCACUAAUGUUGGGAUGAUAAUGACACGAAUGCUGUUGAUGGAGCUGGAUGCACAGUUCUCAGAGGACCCCUGUUUUAUCUCCCAAUCUUGCGAAUCUUUUCAGCUCUGACGAGGCGUCAUCCAAUCUCUUGGACUCCUGUCUCGUCUGCCCCUCCCCUGAGGAGGAGCGUCCACCCCCUCCGUACCCGUUCCCUGUCUCCUCCUCUUCCUCCUUCUCCUCCUCCUCCUCCUUGUUCUCUGUCUCUCACCUUCGAGUGCGUCCCGAAUGCGUCCCUCCCUCGGCGUUCAGCCGCUGGUCCGUGUACAGCCCUCCGCCUCCGCCCCUCCUGUCCUCCACCUCUCUAGACAUCAACUCCAACCCCAAACCCAGUGUCCUGCACCUGUCCAAGCAGGGCUCUCUGCCCACCGAGCCGUCCCCCCCGCACGCACCCGUUUACAUCAAACCCCCCCUCGCUCCCUGCCUCUCCACCCUCAGCCCUCAUUCUGCUGCGCCGCUGUGGGCCGCCUGCAGCCGAGAGAGGGGACUCAGAGUGCCUAGGUAACUACCCACUGACCCCACUAACUAGUCCAGCAGAACCAGCUGGACCAAUAAAGACAGAUUUUAAAGCGGAAAGUUCCGCUCCUUGAUUCUGAUUGGCUGAGCCACGUUCGAAGCUGAUGUAAAUUAUGCUACAAAGUAACAUACACCUUUGUUUAUGUUUGUGUGUUGCUCGGCAACCACUUUGUAGCAACCACAACUGAUUCUGAAGAGCUACAUUGUUUUGUGGAAGAAUAAUAUCAUUACACUUUAUUUGCUCUGUUUUAUUUUGUGUAACCGUACUGCGUAUAUGGAAGAACCGUUAAAUAAAAGCAGUAAGCCCCGUGAAGCUGUGGUUUACAGUGAAUUUAUAACUGCUAUGGGUGCAUUCGCUUCGUGCCUAACAACAAUGCCCCUUAGCUGUUAUAAAUUCACUAUAAUCCAUGGUUUCUUGGGAUGUAUUGCUUUAUUUGGCAAUAUACUGAUUGUAAAUAUUAUGGAUCAACAUCAUAAAAACACUUAGCGCCCCCUACUGCUCAGCGACUGCACAACAUUUUAAUACGGAGCAUAAAAGUUAUAUUCAGUGUGGAUUAAAAAGCAAAUAGAUUUAUUUCAGUACUUCAGACUUUCCCUCAAGUUCCCGGUGCUGCUUUAUGCAU